GAUACCUACUUAAAAUUAAUUAUUACUGUGUAGAUGGACGACAAUCAGCACAUGAGAAAUGAAUCCUUGUGUAAAGUUUGCGGGGAUAAAGCUUCCGGAAAACAUUAUGGAGUGGCUAGUUGCGAUGGUUGUAGGGGUUUCUUCAAACGAAGCAUUCGAAGGAAUUUGGAAUAUGUUUGUAAAGAAAAUGGAAGAUGUAUUGUUGAUGUUACAAGAAGAAAUCAAUGCCAAGCGUGUAGAUUUAGAAAAUGUCUUCAAGUCAAUAUGAAAAGAGAUGCGGUUCAACACGAAAGAGCACCACGAUCCAUACAAAGUACAUUGAGCGUGCAUUAUCCGUUGGGUUUGGGGCCGUCGAGAUACCACCGAGAAUUUCAUCACGGCGGACCGUUUUUGACGACAAAUUUACCUUUAGGCGCCGCCGCGACGCUUGAUCCAUCUACAGGCAUCGGCAUCGCCGCCGCCGCAAAUCCGUACGUUCAACAUGCUGGUUUACUUUAUCCAGCUGCGGUGUUCGGAGGAUUUAAUAAACCGUUAUGUUUUGCAAAUAAUACACAUUUAGCUCAAAAACCAUCGACUUUUUUAACCGCCGUUAACAUGACUUCUCGCCAAGGAAGUCUUAUUAAGGAUGAUGAAGUUAGUAGUAGUGAAGAAAGUUUUAAAAGAAAUGAUCAAGAAGAAAAAGAAAUAAGAAAACCUCUUCACCUUCCAUCAGUUUCUUUAUUCCCGGCCGAAAAUGUUUAUGAAUCAGCAGCAAAAUUAUUAUUUUUAGCAAUAAAAUGGGCCAGAACGAUACCUUCAUUUUUACAAUUAUCAUAUCGAGAUCAAUCUGUUUUAUUAGAAGAAAGUUGGAGUGAAUUAUUCGUUUUAACAGCAGCUCAGUGGGCUUUACCUGUAGAUGAAGCUUUGUUGGUGAGUAAUGCAAUGGCUCCAACGACGAGACAUUCGGCUUUAGAAGAAGACGCGAGAAAGCUCCGAGAAAUAAUCUCAAGAUUGACUCUUUUAAGAGUGGAUCAUACCGAAUACGCUUGUUUGAAAGCUCUCGUUCUUUUUAAAGCGGAAUGCCGAGGUCUCUGCGAACCUACUCACGUCGAACUUCUUCAAGACCAAACUCACGUUAUGUUACACGAAUAUUGCGGGCAGAGUAAAAGUUCGCACAAAGGAAGAUUUGGAAAAUUAUUGCUAACUUUACCGGCUGUUCAAGCGGUUGGUAAACAAGGAUUGGAAGAGUUACUUUUUAGACAAACCGUUGGGGAUGUUGCAAUCGAUAAAUUAUUAGGUGAUUUAGCUAAGGUUGCUAAUAAUUAAAAUUAUGUUUGAUUUUUAUUGUAUUAAUGUCGCAGUAAUAAAGAAAAAUGCGUAAAAAUUA